AUGGUUCAGCGAUUGAUUCGCGGCCAACCGCCUUCCCCCCCUCAGUCAACAGAUGGAGACCUCCCCUCUGAUGUCGGCCAAACUACCGAUAUGUAUUCGAUAUACGAUGGCCAGACAGCGGCGCCUUACGGGGGUUCCGGGGCGGAAAACGACGUCUCUUUCGAUCAGCAAAGUUCGCUAGCAAUAGAUAUCCAAUACGCUGGUCCAACCAGUGCCUGCUCUCAGAACACCUCUCUGCAAAACCAGCUGGUAACCGACAAGAUGCGGGUCCACACACCUCCCGCUGAUGAUGGUGCUGCUUCCAGAAACAGUGAGCCGCCAAGGUGGCCAUCACCUUCAAUGAUACCCUCUGGCAUUUCAAAACCAAGAGUUCUGCGGUCACCUAGACAACGUCGCCGCACGAAGGGUCGCAAGGAUUCAAUCGAGCAAGGUGUCAGGUUAACAGCGCCUCUGAGUGUUCUGACGAGGGACAUGACCCAUAUUCCUCUGAAGGAUAUGGAAAAACACGUGAAUCGGCCCACUGAGGAGCGUCUUGCAGAAACUGUGCGGAAGCAUGGAAAAAUCCCCAGGCCAAUGAACUCUUUUAUGCUAUAUCGCUCGGCAUAUGCUGAGAGGACCAAGGAGUUGUUCCGGCAGCAGAACCAUCAGGUGGUAUCUACCGCGGCAGGCCAAAGCUGGAAUAACGAAACUCCCGAAAUCAAACUCCAGUAUGAGCGGUAUGCAGCUAUUGAAAAGAAGAAUAACCUAAAGGCACACCCCGGUUAUAAGUUCACUCCAGCAAAAGACAAGAAAAAACGCAUGCUUGAUGAUGACCGUUCCUACAUCGCCGGUUAUCGGACCACACCUGAGGCCAGCCCGGCCCAGCGUCAUAUCAGCAGACUCAGCGCAUUCAGCUCCCCAGAUCUUGGUAGCAGUGGUUGGGACAGCGGACACCCGACGCCUCCUGAUAUGGGACACCACGGCUUGCAAACCGAUGGAUACUUUCCUCAUUCGUGGCCCACCAGCCACCCCGGAAGGUCGACCUCAGGAUUGAUGCUCACCUCCGAUCCAACUCAGUACCUCCAACCAUCCUCCAACCCUGAUGAUAUGCACUAUGCUUCGUCAACAACACUUGCUGGUCUGCCUGGGGCGGCACACCACGAUCUACUUCAACCUCAAAUACCAACAUCGGGAAGUGGCGCGGGUGGUCAACUCGAUCCUCAACUAUUAGACUUCAACGACGGUGGGAACCAGGUCUACGGGGGCUCUCAGUAUCCCCCCUUAUGGCAGAGUGAAUCUUCGAACAAUGUGUACUUCCAGUACCCCACUAGCCCCAUCGGCUACGCUGGUGCCUCGCCGUUGCAGCCAGGUGUACAGACUCUGGAUGGCCGUGACACAUGGGACCCAAGUCAAGCAGCCGGGUUGGAACCUGUUGGUGGAGAAUUAUAA